AGAGUGUAAUUUCGUGUUUCUGAGUUAAAGUUGAACCAUUUUUGUUCAAAAUUUCUAUGAAAUUGCCUGUUGAGUCAUAAAAGGUGACAAUGGAUUACUCAACCAUCAGCAACAAAACAGGUUGCACAGAAAUCGUAGACAUAACUAAUGGUGACCUGACCGAGAAAUAUUAUUCUCUCAAAAAGCAGUUCGAAAACUUAUCUAGCAUUUACGAUGCCACAAAACAGGAGCUACAUGAAGCCACACGAAAUCAUAACACGGCAUUAGACGUGCAGAGGUAUUUAACGGCCGAACUAGAGUCCCAUCAAGCAGAGGAGGCGCGGAGAAAGAAUGAGCUGAAUUCCAAAAUAUCUAAGCUUCAGGAGGACAUCUCAGCGUUACGCGAGGAGCGUACGGAACUGAUUGAGAGUCAUGCUAAAGAGGUGAAGAGGUUUGAAGAUGAAGUUCGUCGUUUGAAAGAGGAGAAUGCGUUUAAAGAAGACAGGCAGUCGCCGGAGCGUGAUACAGGGGAGUUGGAUGAGGCACGGGCGGCUCUGUCGGCGGCCUUGCAAGAGGCCGCGGCAGCGAAGGCGGCGCUAGAAGAGACUAAGGCUGAGAUAGCAUCCUGGAGGAUGAGGUCGGAAGAGCUGGUUGAGGAGAUGGGCCAAAUGCGUGAAGCUGCGGAGCUCCGACGUGAGGAGUUGCGCGCGGCGGCCGAGCGUGAGGCAGCAGCACUAGCGGAUCUCGCUGAGGCACGCGCUAUGCUGCACCAGCCUGACGAGGGGCCUGAGCAUGCGGCCAAAGGGAACUCCAUUUUUGCUGAAGUGGAAGACAAAAGACAAGAGAUGGCCAAGAAUCUUAUACAGAUGAAGCAGACUAAUGCUAGACUAAGAAGAGACCUAGCCAAUAAACAAGCAGAGGUAGAGGCGUUGCUACAUGAGAAGCAGACUAUCUGGGAGCAGCAGGCUGGGGACGCCGCUCACUACGACAGGGAACUUAUUGAGAGCUACUCGGAGCGCAUAACUCAGCUGGAGGAGUUGUGUGAGCGCCAACGGCGAGAAUUAUCGCGUUGGUUCAAAUCGUUACGCGAGGCCUCGCCUCCUGCUCGCCCUGAGCCGGGCUGGUUGCCUGCCGUACUUGAUCAUCUCAAAACGGAGUGCGACCGCCUCCGGGCCGAAGUCCUAUCCCUCGGCGCCGGACAACUAGCGAGCGCGGCGCAGGUGCGCGACCUGCGCAGGAAAAUAGCCCUUCUGUCCGCCCAGGGCGCCACUCUCGGCAAGCCCUCGCCUGAACCGGCCGACGGGGGCGAUAAGGGCGAAGUUCCCGUGUACAAGACGGUGCAAGUUAAGAGGAUGACGCCGGAUGAUGUUAGGAAGAAAGUCUCCUUCAAUUGA